AUGCCCCCUCGCACAAGGCGAGGCGCGCCUGCUCGCGGCGGCGCGGCAGCGGCAGCAGGAAGCAGUGACGCACCAAAUCAGGAGACACAAUCAUCACGGUCUGCCACCGUUCUCGCCGACAUACCACCAGUAUCGACGCCAUCAACAUCAGGACGGCCAUCGGCCACGCCUGGACCGUCGGGGUCAGGAUCGGCCGCGGCACGCUCGUUUGCCUUGAAGCCCAGGGCGGUCCGGCGCGCCGACGAUGAGCGCAAAGCUCUGGCCGAGCAGGAGGAAAAAAAGUUCAACGACCGGGCAGCCGAGGACGCACGACGGCGACGAGCCAGCCGGGGACGUGGCGGGCGAGGCGGACGCGGAGGUCGGGGCCGGGGCCGGGGCGAUUUUGCCGGUGGGCGUGACGGGUUGGUGCGCCGCACAGUGGCACCAGAUGGACCUUUCUCACAAGUGCCGGGAGCGGCGGCCGGCCGAGGCGGCAUCCACGACUUGGGCGGGUUUGGCGGCGGCGGCGGCGGCGGUGGGUUUGGAACAAGCGGUGGCCGGGGUGCAGGUGGUGCUGGCGGCAACUUCUCGACAGUAUCUGCCAACGCCGAGUACGACUCCCGACUCAACACGGACACGUUCAACGCGCGCGGUGUGACAGACUACGGCGGCGGCGGCGAUAUCAAAGACGAGGUUGGCGGCGAGGCGAGCGGCAGCGGCACCCACGCGAGCAAAACGGGCGGCCCGUCCAAGCGAUCACAACUGCUUCCGAUGGGCAUCCGGCGCGAGGAACACCGCGAGCCGGAAGUUGUUGUGGCCACGACGGCCGAGCUGGAGGCAGCCGAUGCCGCUGCUGCCGCUGCAGCUUCUUUGUCCCUAGAAGAAUCGUCCGACUCGGACUUGUUCAUUGAGAACAGCGGCGCAGCGGCGUCUAGCAGCCUCCAUGACGACAACCAGGUCUGGUCACGAGCAAUCAAGACGCAGGGCGGCGUCAAGCUGGUCGGUGCCGACGGCGAGGAGAUUGAGGUGACGGACAUUGACGAACUGGCCGAGAAGCGGCAAGAGCUGGCGGCGGCAGCUGCCGCACGGGCUGCCGCCGCGCCAGGAACAGCUAUCAAGACCGAGGACAGCGACGAGGAGAUGCUGUCGCUCGACAGCGUGAGCGCCCAGCCCUCCUCUACCUCCAAAGUAGUGGCCAAGAAGUCCAAGAAGGCCCCCGCCGCUAAGAAAGAUCCCGAGGACCUGGCCGUCGAGGAGGGCCUGCAGGCGAUGCUGCACGACCUGGCCAUGGACCCACCCUCGACGGACCAGCCGUCGAUGUCUCUGCCUGGUGCAGGGGACAGUGAAGAGGCACAGGAACAGAAGCCACCGCCCGCACGCGAGGGCCGGCUUUUUCUGUUUCAAUUCCCACCUGUGCUGCCGUCCCUCAAGACGUUUGAACCAAGCAAGGACGGCGGCGGGCCCAGCGGCGGCAGUUCUGGGUCAGAGGCGGGGGGGAUCAAACGGGAGCCGGGAAUGGACGAUGAUGUUGUCAUGCUCGAUGGCGUGGUGCCAGCCCCGAUUGACCUGACGGAAAACGACAGCACCGAUGGCAACAACAACAACAAGGAGAGCAACAAGCGCAGCACACCCUCGGACAUUGGUGGCGGUGGCUUCUUGGGCACGCUCAGCAUCCGGCAGUCGGGUCGGGCGGAGCUGAGCUGGGGUGGCAUGACGUACGAGAUGAUGCCGGGCACGGACGUGCAGUUCCUGACGACGGCGGUGCUGCUGGAAGAGUCGGACGAGAAGCGCAAGCCGGGCGAGAGCGGCGGCCCUGCUCUGGUGGGCAAUGCGUUUGGCAUGGGUCCGGUGGGCGGCAAGUACAACCUUGUUCCGGUGUUUAGCGAGGAGGCCGAGUGGGCGGUCGACCCAUCGGAGCUGGUGGUAGAGGAAGAGGAUGAGGAGUAUGGAGAGUAA